CAAGAUAUGUCUCAAAGAUCUAGUAAUCUACUAACUAGCUAUAUUUUUUAACUAUGCACAUUACUGUCCCGUCAAAAUACUAAAUAAUUUAGCUAUCUAGUGUUAAGUUAGCUAACCGUUAACUUACUGCCUGACCAAUGUCUGUGCCAGAGAGUGAAGAGACUUGUCUUACUAGCUAGCUUGUCUGCCUGUGCUUUAGCUAGCUACAGCUUGCCACAAUGCUUUUUGAUGAUGGCUUCAACUUCUACAGCUGACAUAAAAGGUUUGUGACUCAGACGCUUAAUGGAAGAUAAUUAGCUAGUUAAGCUUGAAAAGUUUUUAUGUUUCUCAAAACAGCCACAUAGCCAGCCAGCCAGCUACCUACUAGCAGAAGUUGCUAACUUAAGCUCACACUGAGUCAGAUGUUAACAUAAUGUGGAAUUUACGGUGGCGAUUUUAGCAUGUAAUGUUAAAUCAUAAUGAGGCAAACUCCCCAAAAUGUUUUUAGAUGCAUGCCAGCAAAGCCACUAAACAAUACAUUAAUUGCACUAUAACGGUGACAAACGGUGCCCACAAACUGCUAGGGCCUACAGUUUUUAUAAAGAUGUCCCAACAGCAGAGCUUUCUUUUCAGUACCAUGGAGUGAAUCCCUUACCAAUGCUACACUUGGCUAUCAGCGGAGCCUGGUCUGGCAGCGAAACAGUUCAUUCAGCCUCAUUUACUGCCUUAAAAAAAUAAAUAACACACUACCGGUCAAAAGUUUUAGAACACCUACUCAUUCAAGGGUUUUUCUUUCUUUUUUUCUUUCUUUUUUUAAAACUAUUUUCUACAUUGUAGAAUAAUAGUGAAGAUAUCAAAACUAUGAAAUAACACAUAUGGAAUCAUGUAGUAACCAAAAAAGUGUUCAACAAAUUAAAAUAUAUUUUAUAUUUGAGAUUCUUCAAAUAGCCACCCUUUGCCUUGAUGACAGCUUUGCACAAUCUUGGCAUUCUCUCAACCAGCUUUGAAUGAGUAGGUGUUCUAAAACCUUUGACCGGUGGUGUAGCUGAUAUGGCUGACUUGCUUAAACAAAUGUGGUUUCUAAUGACAAUUGAGAUGUACAAACUAUGGCAUAAGGGGACGAUGAGCGGAUAAGAGGCAAUCCGUAAUUUCGAUUAAGACAUUAAUGAGCAAGCUAGGACAGACGUAGUCAAUAUAACUAUUUGUUCAGCACUUUUGAAAUGUACAGCGACAGAAUUCAGAACAUGGGCCGUUCUUGCAGUAUUCUCCCUGUACACCAAGUCAGAACCGUAGGAUAAAUAAAGGGGGCAUAUAAGCAGACAAUGAAAGCUCUUACAAUAUUCGAUGAUUACAUUUAUCUAAAACAGGUUAUAGGCUACAUGUGCUCCACCAGGGGGAAAGGGACCAAAUUAUUAUAGUGAGGCACAUGGGCUACUAACAGCUUACUACAUUUACAUUUUAUUUAUUUAUUAUUAUAAUCUUUUUUAUUAACAAGUGCCUGGAUUAGGACCUGUGCCGCUUCCUGUGUAAGGCAGGGUCGUACUCUGCGAAUGUUGUAGAGCAUGAACCUACAGGAUCGGGUCACUGCCUUGAUGUUAGCGGAGAAUGACAGGGUGUUGUCCAGGGUCACGCCAAGGCCCUUUGCACUCUGGGAGGAGGACACAACGGAGUUGUCAACUGUGAUGGCGAGAUCAUGGAACAAGCAGUCCUUCCCCGGGAGGAAGAGCAGCUCCGUCUUGCCGAGGUUCAGCUUGAGGUGGUGAUCCGUCAUCCACACUGAUAUGUUUGCCAGACAUGCAGAGAUGCGAUUUGCCACCUGGUUAUCAGAAGGGGGAAAGGAGAAGAUUAAUUGUGUGUCGUCUGCGUAGCAAUGAUAGGAGAGGCCAUGUGAGGAUAUGACAGAGCCAAGUGACUUGGUGUAUAGCGAGAAUAGGAGAGGGCCUAGAACUGAGCCCUGGGGGACACCAGUGGUGAGAGCACGUGGUGCGGAGACAGAUUCUCGCCACGCCACCUGGUAGGAGCGACCUGUCAGGUAGGAUGCAAUCCAAGAGUGAGCCGCGCCGUAGAUGCCCAACUCGGAGAGGGUGGAGAGGAGGAUCUGAUGGUUCACAGUAUCAAAGGCAGCAGAUAGGUCUAGAAGGACGAGAGCAGAGGAGAGAGAGUUAGCUUUAGCAGUGCGGAGAGCCUCUGUGACACAGAGAAGAGCAGUCUCAGUUGAAUGACCAGUCUUGAAACCUGACUGGUUUGGAUCAAGAAGGUAAUUCUGAGAGAGAUAGCAAGAGAGUUGGCUAAAGACGGCACGCUCAAGAGUUAUAACGUGAUUAUCUGUGACCAAUGACCUUGAGCCUUCUUGGAUGGGCACUUCUAAUGUAACUCUAUGGCAGCACCCAAGGGGCUUGAAUUUUCGAGCUCUCCCCGUAGAUUUGGCGGUGACAUAGUGUCCCCAUGACUAACAGAACACUGAGCCAAUCACGGCGCAACUAGAGAACAUUACCAACCCCAUACGCUCCGUAUUCUCCGCUGGCUGCCCCACCACCACAGAAAGCACUGAGCUAAGCUGAAACACCUGCAUUUUGGAGCUGCCUUACUCAAGAAAGCAAAAAAGAUACCAUGUUUGUAUGCGGCUUUAUUGCAAACUGAUAUGUGACAUGUAUUAAUGCCAAAAUAACAUGCAAAACAGGCAACAACAAAAAACAUUAUAUAUAUAUAUAUACAGUGGGGAGAAUAAGUAUUUGAUACACUGCCGAUUUUGCAGGUUUUCCUACUUACAAAGCAUGUAGAGGUCUGUAAUUUUUAUCAUAGGUACACUUCAACUGUGAGAGACGGAAUCUAAAACAAAAAUCCAGAAAAUCACAUUGUAUGAUUUUUAAGUAAUUAAUUUGCAUUUUAUUGCAUGACAUAAGUAUUUGAUCACCUACCAACCAGUAAGAAUUCCGGCUCUCACAGACAUGUUAGUUUUUCUUUAAGAAGCCCUCCUGUUCUCCACUCAUUACCUGUAUUAACUGCACCUGUUUGAACUCGUUACCUGUAUAAAAGACACCUGUCCACACACUCAAUCAAACAGACUCCAACCUCUCCACAAUGGCCAAGACCAGAGAGCUGUGUAAGGACAUCAGGGAUAAAAUUGUAGACCUGCACAAGGCUGGGAUGGGCUACAGGACAAUAGGCAAGCAACUUGGUGAGAAGGCAACAACUGUUGGCGCAAUUAUUAGAAAAUGGAAGAAGUUCAAGAUGACGGUCAAUCACCCUCGGUCUGGGGCUCCAUGCAAGAUCUCACCUCGUGGGGCAUCAAUGAUCAUGAGGAAGGUGAGGGAUCAGCCCAGAACUACACGGCAGGACCUGGUCAAUGACCUGAAGAGAGCUGGGACCACAGUCUCAAAGAAAACCAUUAGUAACACACUACGCCGUCAUGGAUUAAAAUCCUGCAGCGCACGCAAGGUCCCCCUGCUCAAGCCAGCGCAUGUCCAGGCCCGUCUGAAGUUUGCCAAUGACCAUCUGGAUGAACCAGAGGAGGAAUGGGAGAAGGUAAUGUGGUCUGAUGAGACAAAUAGAGCUUUUUGGUCUAAACUCCACUCGCCGUGUUUGGAGGAAGAAGAAGGAUGAGUACAACCCCAAGAACACCAUCCCAACCGUGAAGCAUGGCGGUGGAAACAUCAUUCUUUGGGGAUGCUUUUCUGCAAAGGGGACAGGACGACUGCACCGUAUUGAGGGGAGGAUGGAUGGGGCCAUAUAUCGCAAGAUCUUGGCCAAACAACCUCCUUCUCUCAGUAAGAGCAUUGAAGAUGGGUCGUGGCUGGGUCUUCCAGCAUGACAACGACCCGAAACACACAGCCAGGGCAACUAAGGAGUGGCUCCGUAAGAAGCAUCUCAAGGUCCUGGAGUGGCCUAGCCAGUCUCCAGACCUGAACCCAAUAUAAAAUCUUUGGAGGGAGUUGAAAGUCCGUAUUGCCCAGCGACAGCCCCUAAACCUGAAGGAUCUGGAGAAGGUCUGUAUGGAGGAGUGGGCCAAAAUCCCUGCUGCAGUGUGUGCAAACCUGGUCAAGACCUACAGGAAACGUGUAUGAUCUCUGUAAUUGCAAACAAAGGUUUCUAUACCAAAUAUUAAGUUCUGCUUUUCUGAUGUAUCAAAUACUUAUGUCAUGCAAUAAAAUGCAAAUGAAUUACUUAAAAAUCAUACAAUGUGAUUUUCUGGAUUUUUGUUUUAGAUUCUGUCUCUCACAGUUGAAGUGUAUAUAUGAUAAAAAAUUACAGACCUCUACAUGCUUUGGAAGUAGGAACACCUGCAAAAUCGGCAGUGUAUCAAAUACUUGUUCUCCCCACUGUAUAUAUACAGUACCAGUCAAAAGUUUGGACACACCUACGCAUUCAAGGGUUUUUCUUAAUUUUUACUAUUUUCUACAUUGUAGAAUAAUAGUGAAGACAUCAAAACUAUGAAAUCACAGAUAUGGAAUCAUGUAGUAACCAAAAAGUGUUAAACAAAUCAAAAUAUAUUUUAUAUUUGAGAUUCUUCAAAUAGCCACCCUUUGCCUUGAUGACAGCUUUGCACACUCUUGGCAUUCUCUCAACCAGCUUCACCUGGAAAGCUUUUCCAGCAGUCUUGAAGGAGUUCCCAUAUAUGCUGAGCACUUGUUGGCUGCUUUUCCUUGACUCUGCUGUCCGACUCAUCCCAAACCAUCUCAACUGGGUUGAGGUCGGGGGAUUGUGGAGGCCAGGUCAUCUGAUGCAGCACUCCAUCACUCUCCUUCUUGGUCAAAUAACCCUUACACAGCCUGGAGGUGUGUUGGGUCAUUGUCCUAUUGAAAAACAAAUGAUAGUCCCACUAAGCCCAAACCAGAUGGGAUGGCAUAUCGCUGCAGAAUGCUGUGGUAGCCAUGCUGGUUAAGUGUGCUUUGAAUUCUAAAAAAAUCACAGACAGUGUCACCAGCAAAGCACCAUAACAACACCUCCAUGCUUUACGGUGGGAACUACACAUGCAGAGAUCAUCCGUUCACCCACACCGCGUCUCACAAAGACACGACGGUUGGAACCAAAAAUCAAAUAGGGAUAAACCCUACCUUGUCACAACACAGCUGAUUGGCUCAAAUGCAUUAAGAAAGAAAUUCCUCAAAUUAACUUUUAAGAAGGCACACCUGUUAAUUUAAAUGCAUUCCAGGUGACUACCUCAUGAAGCUGGUUGAGAGAAUGCCAAGAGUGUGCAAAGCUAUCAUCAAGGCAAAGGGUGGCUAUUUGAAGAAUUAUUUAACUUUUUUUGGUUACUACAUGAUUCCAUAUGUGUUAUUUCAUGGUUUGGAUGUCUUCACUAUUAUUCUACAAUGCAAAAAAUAGUAAAAAUAAAGAAAAACCCUUGAAUGAGUAGGUGUGUCCAAACUUUUGACUUGUACUGUGUGUGUAUAUAUAUAUAUAUAUUUUUUUUUAAAUAGCUAAACAGGUGGGGCUGCUCUGCCCCACCUGCCCUGAAUAAUGGGUCGCCACUGGUAAUUUAGCCUAUUAAAAACAAACUGUUUCAAGUGAGCAUUCAGCAUGUCUGAUGCCAAAAAGAAAGUACAUUCUUGCUUACUUCACCCAUAUCUUCAUUUCCUUUUGCAAAGAAUGUAGUGUGUAGUUCCAGUAGUUAGCUACACCGCUACAUGGCAAAAAAAGUAAUUGGCUAACUACAGGAAACACUACCAAGAUUUGAAUGUAGUUCAACUAACGACGUUACUACCAAGCUACUGCAAAAUGUAGUUGAAUUACAUGUUGUUCACUACUCCCCAACACUGCUUGCUGUCUACCUAUUUAGCUAACCUGACAUAACUCUGCCUAACCAAGCCAUGAUUUUCCCUCCCUCCCAUAAACAGUGUGGCAUGAGGGCGACAGAUGCCUCGCUCCCAGCCCCAGAGAUGGCACCCUACUACGAGAGGGGACAAUCCAGAAACUCCCCUCCACAUCUCAUGGUGAGGACAUGGCAUUGGUGAAGUUCACAGAUCAACAUGAUGAAGAUGAAGAAGAGGAGGCAGUCUUUCCAGUCUGUAAACUCCUGAGAUCAGACACAAACCAGUCCUCUACCAGUGUAGUGUCUGCCCAGGAGAAGCCUCUAUUCCUCAGCAGCCAGACACCCCCCGGUCCAUCAGAGCCCUUUGUGUUGUCACAGAGUGGUGUGGCAGUCCCAUAUACCAUCAACAGGUACGUGAGCUGUUAACGAUGAAGCUGGGAUUUUGCUGGGCUUCCCAGGUUGUAUUUGCUGUAUGAAUGGGGCCUUAAUUAGAUGUCAACAGGUACCUGAGGUACUACCAGAAGGAAGGGAUCCAGUUCAUCUAUGACAACUAUGCCCAGUCCAGAGGAUGUAUCCUUGGAGAUGACAUGGGCCUGGGCAAGACCAUCCAGGUAAAAACUAGACUCACUGUCUCUGCAGAAACCUGAUUGUUGACUGUAUGUAGCUAGAGUAUUAUCACCAUUGGCGUUACCAUGUGAAGAAAGACCUGCUGUUCAUAACUGACGUGUUUGUGUCUGUCAACAGGUCAUUGGUUUCCUGGCUGCUGUGCUGGGUAAAACAGGGACAUGGGAAGACAUUGAGAAGAACAGGCCUCAGUUUCUUCUCACUCAGGUCCCCACAGAGCAAUGCAAACCCCAAAAGGUAGAAAUUGAGCUAUAUAUUUCCCACAAGAGUAGCACUCUUUGUGGCAGAUAACUGACUGAUAGUUACAAAAAAAAUUAAACUCACAUGUGCAUGUCCAUGCUCUCUGUUAGGGUCCUGUGUAGGUGUUGUAAUGUUCUCCAUGGUUGUGCCCAGGUGUUCCUGAUUGUGGCCCCUCUGUCGGUGCUGUAUAACUGGAAAGAGGAGCUGGAGACGUGGGGUCACUUCCGGAGCGUGGUGGUCCACGGUCUGAGGAAGGAGGAGGAGCUGGCUCGCAUCAGGAGGGGACGCUCUGAGAUCGCCCUCACCACCUACGAGACCCUACGCCUCUGUCUGGAGCAGUUUAACAGGUAACAUUAGCUAAGAUAAUUAGGUGUGUUGGCCUUCAACUCUAGCCUGAAACCUUAGUAGACCUGUUUGUAUUCUUAUCGUGAAACUCCACCUAUAAGCCUGCCUUACAUUCCAGCAUUGACUGGUCUGCUGUGAUAGUGGACGAGGCCCACAAGAUCAAGAACCCUAACUCCCAGAUCACUGGGGCAAUGAAGGAGCUGAGGUGUCAGGUCAGAGUGGGCCUCACUGGCACCAUCCUGCAGAACAACCUGGACGAGCUCUGGUGUGUCAUGGACUGGUGGGUCUACACUGGCACUAUAACUACUACUACUGUUUCUAUAACUGUUACUACAGUAAGACUGAUUCCCCUUAUUUAGACCCUUAUUAGUGCAAUGAUGUAUAGUCGAGAGGUCACCAAAAAAACCUCCCAAUACCCAGUACCACCAUUUCCUUCUAAACCACUCUUUCUCUUUGGAUUUACCUUCUUCCUUUGUGUAUUUCAGGGCCAUCCCUCGUUGCCUUGGCAGCCUGGGUAACUUCAAGAAUACGUUUUCGGACCCCAUUGAACUGGGGCAGAAGCACAGCGUAACUAAGCGGGCCCUAGCGAUGGGCAGGAGGGCGGUCCGGGCCCUGGCCAGGAAGCUCUCCCACUGGUUUCUCCGGAGGACCAAGGCUCUUAUCAGAGAGCAGCUGCCCAAGAAGGACGACAGGGUGGGUGGAGACUUCCACACAGGGUUAAUGUUAAUGAAGUAGGGUUGUACAAUUCUGGUAACUUUUCCAGAAAUCCUAGUUGGAGUAUUCCUGCUUAUUCCCUCCUGAUUUCAGGAAUUUUCCAACAGGGAUUUAUGAAAAACCUGGGAAUUUUGGGAAAGUUACCAGAAUUUUGCAACUCUAAUUUAAUGAAUUCUCUGGCCUUGAAUGCGAAUAUCCCUGGUCUAGUAGGGGGUUUCAAACAUCUCACUAAGUGAAUGGCGCCUCCAUCUAUGGCCAGGUGGUGUACUGUUCGCUGACGUCGUUCCAGCAGACGGUGUACCAGGCGGUACUGGACACGGAGGACGUCACUCUGCUGCUGCGCUCCUCAGAGAAGUGUGACUGUCACAGCGGACGCUCCCGCCGGAAAUGCUGCUUCAAGGUCAGCUUAUAACAGGAACAGCUGUGUUAUAACCUCUAUAUGACCCUCUAUGAACCUCUGAAGAAAUCUGUUAAUUUACGUUUUGCAUUCUUUAGGUCAGUAAACAUCAUCAAUCAAGGUUUGAAUCAUUGUUUGGUCUUUGUAGUUCACCUAGACUAAGCAAUGGUCACAAUGUUGUCAGUAAUGUUGACUUUAUUGUGAUAGGCCUUCCCUAUGACGUUUGAUCUCUUGUAAACUACAGGUGAAUGCUAGGGGUGUGCGUGUGACAGACCUGUACUUCAGUUACUUGGCUAUUCUCAGGAAGGUGGCCAACCACGUGGCUUUACUGCAGUCUAAGUGGAACACCAGCAAAAAACAGGUACGCUCUCACAAGUAAAGACCUAGUUAUAAUUUUACUGAAAGUGAAAAGCUCUGUUUGGUUUAACAUCUGGACAUACUGUGUUCUCUCAGGAGCAGUAUGUGAAUGAGAUCUGUGAGAAGGUGUUCCAGAAGUUCCCUGACUUCACAGAGAGAUGCAAGCAGGCAGCAUUCGAGGCCAUGUCAGACCCCAUGUACAGCGGAAAGAUGAAGGUAGGUGGGUCACAAGGUCAAAAGUCAUGUCGCGUGAAUGGCAAAGGCAGUUAGGUAGGCUCAUAUGUUCACAUAUAGUACCAGGUUGUAUCACGUUUUUAAGAGAAGUAUUGCCUCAUUUGGAUCCUUGGUUAAUAUCCCUCCUCCUCUACACCCUGUCAUAGGUUCUACAGAGGUUGUUGAAACAUUACGUGCAGAGAAAAGACAAAGUACUGUUAUUCUCGCUCUCCACUAAGGUAAAACGUUGUGUUGUAUUUGUAGCCACAGGGAUUCGGUAAUUUGUGUGUAACUGUUUGUGUGUGUAUGUGUGUGUGCUCGCGUGUCUCUCUGUGUGUGCGUGUGUGUCUGUCUAUGUGUGUAUGUACUGUAGAUGUGUGAGAUUUGGGGGAUCUGUAGGGGUGUUAGUGUGUGUGUGUGUAGGAACAUGGCUGUGGUAGAUAAUGGUGAGAUCAUGUACUGGGCUUUAGAUGAUGUCAGAGCUCUAGUUCAGACAUAACCAAAGCAUGGAUUGGCGUUUUACUGACUUUGUCCAUAGACUGCUUACACGAUGAGGAAACUAUCCCUUUAAGCAUACAGUGCAUUCGGAAAGUAUUCAGACCCCUUGACUUUUUCCACAUUUUGUUAUGUUACAGCCUUAUUCUAAAAUGGUUGUUUUUUCCCCCUCAUCAAUGUACACACAUUAACCCAUAAUGACAAAGCAAAAACAGGUUUAUAUUUUUUUGUGCGUAAGUAUUCAGACCCUUUACUUUGUUGAAGCACCUUUGGCAGCGAUUAUAGCCUCGAUUCUUCUUGGGUAUGACGCUACAAGCUUGGCACACCUGUAUUUGUGGAGUUUCUCCCAUUCUUCUCUGCAGAUCAUCUCAAGCACUGUCAGGUUGGAUGGGGACCGUCGCUGCACAGCUAUUUUCAGGUCUCUCCAGAGAUGUUCGAUCAGGUUCAAGUCCGGGCUCUGGCUGGGCCACUCAAGGACAUUCAGAGACUUGUCCCGAAGCCACUCCUGCGUUGUCUUGGCUGUGUGCUUAGGGUCAUUGUCCUGUUGGAAGGUGAACCUUCGCCCCAGUCUGAGGUACUUUGCGCCAUUCAUCUUUCCCUCGAUUUUGACUAGUCUCCCAGUCCCUGCUGCUGAAAAACAUCCCCACAGCAUGAUGCUGCCACCACUAUCACCAGCUUCACCGUAGGGAUGGUGCCAGGUUUCCUCCAGACGUGACGCUUGCCUUUUGGCAAACUCGAAGCGGGCUGUCAUUUGCCUUUUUACUGAGGAGUGGCUUCCGUCUGGCCACUCUACCAUAAAGGCCUGAUUGCUGCAGCGAUGGUUGUCCUUCAGUAAGGUUCCCCCAUCUCCACAGAGGAACUCCGGAGCUCUGUCAGAGUAACCAUCGGGUUCUUGGUCACCGCCCUGACCAAGGCCCUUCUCCCCCGAUUGCUCCGUUUGGCCAGGUGGCCAGGUGGCCAGUUCUAGGAAGAGUUGUGGUGGUUCCAAACUUCUUCCAUUUAAGAAUGAUGGAGGCCACUAUGUUCUUGGGGACAUUAUUAUUAUUCAAUGCUGCAGACAUUUUUUGGUACCCUUCCCCAGAACGGACAAUUCCUUCGACCUCAUGGCUUGGUUGUUGCUCUGACAUGCACUGUCAACUGUGGGACUUUUAUAGACAGGUGUGUGCCUUUCCAAAUCAUGUCCAAUCAAUUGAAUUUACCACAGGUGGACUCCAAUCAAGUUGUAGAAACAUAUCAAGGAUGAUCAAUGGAAACAGGUCCCCUGUAGCUCAGAUGGUAGAGCAUGGCGCUUGCAACGCCAGGGUUGUGGGUUCGUUUCCCACGGGGGGCCAGUUUGAAAAAUGUAUGCACUCACUAACUGUAAGUCGCUCUGGAUAAGAGCGUCUGCUAAAUGACUAAAAUGUAAAAUGAAACAGGAUGCACCUGAGCUCAAUUUCGAGUCUCAUAGCAAAGGGUCUGAAUACUUAUGUAAAUAUGGUAUUUCUGUUUUGUAUUUGUAAUGAAUUUGCAAACAUUUCAAAAAACCUGUUUUCGCUUUAUCAUUAUGGGAUAUUGUGUGUAGAUUGAGGACAUUUUUUAAAUUUAAUAUAUUCUAGAGUAAGGCUGUAACGUAACAACAUUUGGAAAAAGGGAAGAGGUCUGAAUACUUUCCGAAUGCACUGUAUAUUUGUGAUAACCCGCCACGUCACCAAAAGGAAGUGUUCUCAAUGUGUUGUGUUAACCCUUUAGCUGUUGGACGUGCUGGAGAGCUACUGCAUGGCAGAGGGGCUGGAGUAUAGCAGACUGGACGGCAACACCAAGUCCAGAGAGAGGCUGAAGAUCGUCAAAGAGUUCAACAGCUGCCCUGACAUCAACCUCUGCCUGGUCUCCACAAUGUCAGUGCCACUCCCACCACUCCUCAUAGCUCUGCUUUAACAGAGCACCCUAUUCCUUACAUAGUGCACGGCCCCUGGUCAAAAGUAGUGCACUCUAUAGGGAAUAGCGUGCCAUUUGGGACGCAUAUAUGUUUGGUAUGAAUGGACCACUGACUGUAGGUUCGCUUGUCUGUUUCUCCCCCCAGGGCAGGGGGUCUGGGCCUGAACUUUGUAGGGGCCAACGUUGUGAUCCUGUUUGAUCCCACCUGGAACCCUGCCAAUGACCUGCAGGCAAUUGACAGGUAUGCUGCAAUAUCCAUAUAUACCAUGUACUUACAUAGAAUGACAGUCAUAUAACCUUACAGGGUUCUUUCCAAUGGGUUGUAUCAUAUUCUAUGUCUGUAUACACAAUGCCAGUGUUAACAAAAGUGAUCUCUGUGCUGGUGUGGGAGCCAUAGGUCACUCAUUAUGGCUUAUUGACCUGAAUGGGGACGCCUCUUCUAUUCCUUUUUAUUUCCAUGGUUUGACCUCUCUUAGGCCGUAUUGUAUAGGCCAGUGCAGGGACGUGACAGUGUGUGACCUCUCCUCAGGGCGUAUCGUAUAGGCCAGUGCAGGGACGUGACAGUGUUCAGACUCAUCUCUCUGGGAACAGUGGAGGAGGUCAUCUACCUGCGCCAGGUCUACAAACAGGUACAGUCAUCCUAAGCCUUUCAUCACAGUAGGCUGUCUGCACAUUCGCAUUAUUGUGUAUGAGGAUUUCUACAUUUCUUUCAUGGAGGACUGGCUUGAAUUGUGAAGAUAACAACACCAUGUAUUUUCAUCAUGAGCAAAAGCUAUUAGUUUUCUACUCAAAGUUGCAAAGAACAUGUUGUGAACCAUUUAAUAAACACAAGAGACCAGCAAAAUGGAUAAAAGGGUGUGGCAGUAGCAGGAACAGCGAUAUCUUGUGGGCAAAGCCUUGUACUUUCACACUAAUUUAUGGGGGGAAAUGCAAGCUACUUCAAUGGCAAAUUUCUCUGAACAGGGGGGGAAAAACAUCACCAAAUUCACUGAGAAUAUAUUACAUAGUAUGAAUAAACAAUACUCCAAGCCGCAGCUUCAUACUACUUGUCAAACAUAGAGAACUGAUACUAUAUACUGGACGUUGGUGUGAGCUUUGGGGGUUCUGUGGGUGACUUUACCAUUUUUAUUUGGAUUCCUCCCAUGUUAAUCAGUGUUAAGAAGAGGUUUGGUUCAAAGUUGGAUACUAUAUUUAUUGAAUAUUCUAUGAAUCCUAUAAAUUGAAAUGGCCAAUUUGGGUGAAAUAACUUAGCUUAGUUUCUCAGAUCAAAUUAUAUUUCAACAAAAUAAUGUUGCAGGAAUGCUUAUCCUAUAUGUUCUUAACUACAGAAACCAUUUCAAAGCAAUGGCUUGCUGAAAUGAAAUGGACGACCCAGAUGAUAUUGGUAUUUAGAUGGGGAAACCAUCAUUCUGACUGUUCUCUCCCUCCAUCCCUGUCUGUGACUCUGCAGCAGUUGCAGUCUUCUGUGGUGGGUAAGGAGAGUGCCCGGCGGUACUUUGAGGCAGUGCAGGGGACCGACGGCCAGAAGGGGGAGCUUUUUGGGAUACAGAACCUCUUCAGGCUGCAGACCCAGGGGACCUGCCUCACCAGGAGAAUAUUGGAGGUCAGAGGUCAAACAGCCUGAGUGGACAACCCUAGUACUGUGUGUUACAUGUUUUUGUGUGUUUCUAUCUCUGCUUAUGUACAUGUAUGCUCAAGUGUGUGCGUGUGUUCCUCUCAGCGGGAGGGACGAGUGGAGGUAGGAGUAAUGACGGCCAGCACACACACAGGGGAAGAGGAGGAGGAGGAGAGGAAGAGCGUGAGUAACUGCCUUUCUCAGGGACCCGUGACAGGGGCACAUGUCUUUCCCAUCCCUCACUCCCUCUCCUUUCCCAGGCGGAUCUCUCUUUCCUCCAUUCCCACGUGAAAGAGACGAUUCCUCACACGUGGGUCUUCCUGUCUCUCCUUCACCGGCCCCUUCUUACUCGUCUCUCUUUCCUUCCUCUCUCCCCCUUUUCCCCUCCCCCUCAUCUCUCUCUUUCUCUCUCUCUCUGUGAUAGUGUCCCAACAGAUGGACAUAAUUAUCCCUCUGUAAUGACAGGACCAGACCACACUGAAGGCUGUCUGUUCUGUUGUGUAGUAUUUAUUUACCCAAUCGUUUGGCCUGUGACAGUUCCCAGCUAAGACCCAACACAACUGUCCUUUUAUAAGGCUGGGUAUGUACUGGGGCCAUUCAGACUAACAGCCAUACACAAUACACCAGGGUGUAGUAACACACUACGGAAGAGUCAUCUGGUUGGCAAAAACCAUAAGAUUAGUAUCGCUGUAGGUGGUCGCACUCAUAAAGGCCCUCGCAUAACUCCCAUGCACGCUAUAAAAGCUACAAUGUAUCCUAUUGUUUUGUAUUUAUGACAUCACCACUCACGGCAUGUCACAUUUAUGUGUGGAUGAUUUAUUGUUACAAGCAUCUUUGCAUUACCAAGCACUGCUAAAUGCUUUAUGAAUGACCAACCCUGUUCUGUAGCCUGGUGAUGCCAUCAGCCCCAGGUCACAACCAAAUACAACAUACAGAAGACUCCAUAGCUUUGUCAAUCUCAUUAGUGGCGCUUUUUUACCAAACCUAACGCAAUGGUAAAUCAUAGCGCUGGCGGUAGCGUCUUUGGUUUGUCCGAAAUAUUUUAGUUAUUUUCACAGCGGGAAUUAUGAGCGCAGUAGCUGGCUCACUGGUUAAUCGACGUGUUUCAUGGCUUAAUAUUGCAUGUCGUCUCACAAUCUUUGCAUUGUCAUCAAUUCGGCUGGAGCCACGGAAUAUUCUCGUCCUAGUCAAUUGUGGAUUAAUACUACAGUUUAUGAAAUAGCAUAGACUACAGUAGCCUAACGAGUAAUAACAACAGUAAAAAAACAUAGUGUUUUCUCAAUAUGUUUGGAGUGUUGACAGUCAACAUUGUUGUAAUUGGCUAAAAUGAAUAUAGGCCUACAUGUAUUUACGCAUCGCACUUCUCAAAAAAUACUAGGCUCCUGUAAAUUGUACUGAAUGUUUGAGGCACGUUCUCAAUAAACAAGAUCUAGCCUAGGCUUACCGUUGAUAUGGCGUUAUACGACUGAAGAAUUUGAAUAUGUUAAGGAGCACGUCUUUGGUGACCGGACAAGAGGCGCUCUUUGGAAAUGGGGAUGGAUACAAGCCGAAUGGAGCAUGCACUGCAGGUAGGCCUAUGUAAAUUGUGAAUAAUUAAAGGCAUGAUGGCAAAAGCCUCAGGAGUAAACCAUUUUAAUGACCUUUUUAUGAAUAGGCUAAUGCAUGGCCAGGAUAAGAAAGACACCCUACGUAUUGCUGUUGAACCAGCUUUCGUUCUCGUAAGGAAAUGGUAGCCUACAUUUUAGUUAUUUUUAUCAAAUGAAAAGAAAACAAGCAGUUGUUACAGGAAAAUAACUUAAAUGUUUGUAAAUAUGAGGGUCACCGGCAACAUCGCAUCUCUCGUUCCAUGAUGGGCAUAUGAACAUGUAGCCUACAUGAAGGGGUUUUUACACACACACACACACAAAAAAAAAGAGCUAGCUAAAAAUAAUAUACAAUACAUAGAUAAAAAGGGGAUGUCCUCACUGUUUUGCUGCUGUCAAACUUGAUCUUUAAAUAAAGCUUUGGUGAUGAAGAUUUAUUUCAAAGUGGUCUCACCAGCCAAACCCUUUAUCAAUAGUCUUGACUACUUAGCGAAUGCAUUGGGCAGGACAAAAAAAAGUAGUCUUCAUUGAGAGGAGGGGAGGCUAUGCUUGAUUUAAAAAAAAUCUAAUUAAACAAAAUGGGAAAAAACAUUACAUUUUUAUAUUUCUAAAUAUGAGGUUUAUGGACAAAAAAAAAGCACCUCUCUUGUUCCAUGUGCAUAUGGGAACUGUGCAUCACGCCUGGAUAGGCUGCGCUUCCGCUGUCAAAAGCCAUGCCAUAACCAACCGCGUUACCUCUAAGACCAGCUUUCAGUUGGUUUAAAUAUGCCCACCAGCGAUGCCUGAAAUUGGCACUGUGGCCAAUGUUUUUAACGACAAACCUCAGAUAUUGCCACCCCUCCCACCUUAGCGCAAGCAAGCUCAUAUAAGACAGGUAAAUUACCAAUCCUGGCGCAAGGGUUGGAAAAUAGCAGAGCGCUGGCUUUAACAGGUCGAAUUUGCCAACUAACGUGUGUUUGACAAUUGCGCUGGCUUAACGGCAGCCGAAAAUAGAGCCCUAGGUCUCUAUACUUGUGGACUGAAGGCUUGACACUCUUUCCUUAGAAAAAUACUGGACAGAUAUGUUAUUAUAUUUUUUAAAUAUGAAGACUCCGUUGACCUUGUGUUGCAGGAGGCUGGGGAGGUUUCCGCAAGGGACCCCUGUGAACUGGGCAAUGGAGGGGCGAUCGGCAGUGUAGGGGCCUCUGGGACCCCCAGGGGAACACCCAGGGGGGUACUGGACUUCAGCAGUGGCAGUGAGGAGGACGAGGAGGGGGGACGGGGGGGCAGGAGUAAGGUGCAGGAGAAGGGGAACACCUCUACCCCUCCUGGCCGACUCAGUCUCCUCCAGCAUGGCUUCUCCAGGCUGCUCCAGAGGUCAGGGUUCAGGGCUGGGUCCGGGUCAGAAUCAGGAGAGCAUAGCCAGAGUGAGGGGGGAAGGAGUGAUUCUGAGGAGGACAGGGAUGAAGACACUUCUGCCAUGGCACCAAAGGGCCCCAGCACCGCAGGGAGUGGGGCCCCCCAGAACCCUACAUUGGCCCCCAAGGGUGGAAACCACCUGGAUGCAGCUCCUCUGAAGAAUGACUGGGACGUCUCCAGUGGCUCUGAGAGAGAGGAAGAAAGGAAUGGAGGGAGAGAGGAUGGACGGAGGGGGCGAGACCAUGGUCCUGUUGCACUGUCAGGAGAGAGUGAUGACAUGGGGAGAAAAAUACCAAAUCUGAAACAAGGAAUACAUCUGAGGAGGGUGGAGGACGACAGUGAUGAAGAUUCACCCCCCUCCAACGGAGGCAAACGAUCUAACACUAAAACUCCAGUUCCCAGAAGGCACCAGGUGGUGCUUGACUCUGAGUCUGAGGAUAUUGACAUAGACAUUGAGGUGCUGACGAGACCUGGUGCACAAACCCAUGUGCUUAAGAGACCCCCCGCACACCUGAGAAGGAGGGCGAUGGGGAGAGAUGGUGGUAGUAAGAGAGAGACCAGCAACAGACCAGUAGACCAGAGCAGAAGAACCAGACAAACAGAGGACAUAGAGACCUUCACCUCCUCAGACGAAAACCACACUCCAGUCAAAAGAGUCCGAUCUGUUACAGCCCCACAGAACCACAAUCAUGGCCCAGACCCACAGAGAGACAGACAUGGAGCUGGGACGUUUACAGGUCUGAAAAACCCAAACGCGAACCAGACUGUCCCUUCUGCCAAAGGACUGCCCUGUGGAACGAUUGACAAUGUGUUAGGUAAGGUCAAAGUGGGAUUUUCAAAUAAUCUGUUGUAUCAUGUAUGCCAGCAAACAUCAGGGGCUGUAUUCAUAAAGCAUCUCAGAGUACAGUCGUGGUCAAAAGUUUUGAGAAUGACACAAGUAUUGGUCUUCACAAAGUUCGCUGCUUCAGUGUUAUGAGAUAUUUUUGUCAGAUGUUACGAUGGUAUACUGAAGUAUAAUUACAAGCAUUCCAUAAGUGUCAAAGGCUUUUAUUGACAAUUACAUUAAGUUUAUGCAAAGAGUCAAUAUUUGCAGUGUUGACCCUUCUUUUUCAAGACCUCUGCAAUCCGCCCUGGCAUGCUGUCAAUUAACUUCUGGGCCACAUGCUGGAAAAGGCACUGGUCGUCUCCAAACUGUUCUUUGGAUGGUUGGAAUAAGUUGCUCUCGGAGGAUGUGUUGGUACCAUUCUUUAUUCAUGGCUGUGUUCUUAGGCAAAAUUGUAAGUGAGCCCACUCCCUUGGCUGAGAAGCAACCCCACACAUGAAUGGUCUCAGGAUGCUUUACUGUUGGCAUGACACAGGACUGAUGGUAGCGCACACCUUGUCUUCUCCGGACAAGCUGUUUUCCGGAUGCCCCAAACAAUCGGAAAGGGGAUUCAUCAGAGAAAAUGACUUUACCCCAGUCCUCAGCAGUCCAAUCCCUGUACCUUUUGCAGAAUAUCAGUCUGUCCUGGAGAGAAGUGGCUUCUUUGCUGCCCUCUUUGACACCAGGCCAUCCUCCAAAAGUAUUCGCCUCACUGUGCAUGCAGAUGCACUCACACCUGCCUGCUGCCAUUCCUGAACAAGCUCUGCACUGGUGGUGCCCUGAUCCCGCAGCUGAAUCAACUUUAGGAGACGGUCCUGGCGCUUGCUGGACUUUCUUGGGCGCCCUGACGCCUUCUUCACAACAAUUGAACCUCUCUCCUUGAAGUUCUUGAUGAUCCGAUAAAUGGUUGAUUUAGGUGCAAUCUUACUAGCAGCAAUAUCCUUGCCUGUGAAGCCCUUUUUGUGCAAAGCAAUGAUGACGGCACGUGUUUCCUUGCAGGUAACCAUGGUUAACAGAGGAAGAACAAUGAUUUCAAGCACCACCCUCCUUUUAAAGCUUCCAGUCUAUUAUUCUAACUCAAUCAGCAUGACAGUGAUCUCCAGCCUUGUCCUCGUCAACACUCUCACCUGUGUUAACGAGAGAAUCACUGACAUGAUGGCAGCUGGUCCUUUUUUGGCAGGGCUCAAAUGCAGUGGAAAUGUUUUUUGGGGAUUAAGUUCAUUUUCAUGGCAAAGAGGGACUUUGCAAUUAAUUGCAAUUCAUCUGAUCACUCUUCAUGACAUUAUGGAGUAUAUGCAAAUUGCCAUCAUCAAAACUGAGGCAGCAGACUUUGUGAAAAUUAGUAUAUGUGUCAUUCUCAAAACUUUUGACCACGACUGUAGAUCAGGACUGCUACUCUGAGAUGCUUCAUGGGUACGGGCCCAAUUAUAUACCAAGAGUGAGAGUAGAAUUUGCCAUUAAGCACAGACUUCUUCCUAUUCGUGUGUGUGUUGUAGGUGGUGUACAGGAGGUGGUUUACACCCACUCUAACCAACAUGUGGUGGGCGGGAGCAAGGCCGAGGAGCGAAUCAGCAGAGCCGCUCUCAGAGACGUGUUUGAACGCAGGAAGUACACCCAGCUUCCAGCCAAUGAACUCUGGGACACACAGGAGGUACACACCCCCACUACCUGGUGAAGCCCAAACAACCCAACGAGUUGAUAGUCUAGUGUCCUAUUCCAAAUCAACUCCCUAACCCCUUUCCCUUGUCCCUUCCUUAUCAGUGUGAUUAGAAUACAUUCAUCAAGUGUGUGUGUGCGGAUGCAUGUGUAUAUUACAGACCCAGCCCAAACACACUCCACCGUUCCAUACUUCCCAUAAUGAUGUUGGUUUGGUGGGAGCAGUGCAGAGGGUUGUGCACAGACCUAGUGUGGACCACCCAGUCUCACACACCAUCAGGAGCGUCCACCACCCCACCCGACACACCACCGUCAUCAUCGGAGAGACCCCCGGAACAAUCCGAAGGUGAGGGGAGGUAUUCCUGGUAGGGCAGGGCAGAGAGCCGAAUCUAACCACCGCUAUGGUGUGGAGCACCCUCAAAUGGUACAAAGGGGUUCUCUGUGUGUGUGUGAGACCACCUGAGCUAACCUGCUCAACCAUUUCCCAGAACCUUGCUAAAGAUUAGCCAAUGGCCGUGACAGAAUAUGGUUUGUUCCUGUUUUAAUUGCUGUGACAGAAUAUGGUUAGUUCCUGUUUUAAUGGCUGUGACAGAAAUGGUUAGUUCCUGUUUUAAUGGCUGUGACAGAAAAUGGUUAGUUCCUGUUUUAAUGGCUGUGACAGAAAUGGUUAGUUCCUGUUUUAAUGGCUGUGACAGAAUAUGGUUAGUUCCUGUUUUAAUGGCUGUGACCAGAAUAUGGUUAGUUCCUGUUUUAAUGGCUGUGACAGAAUAUGGUUUGUUCCUGUUUUAAUGGCUGUGACAGAAUAUGGUUAGUCCAUGUUGUUUUUGGUACGGUUGCUCUUGUCUUAGAAAUAGGACCCUAUAUCAUUCCAUGACUAUCAGAAAUGUACCCUAAAUAUACACUACAUGACCAAAGGUAUGUGGACACCUGCUCGUCGAACAUCUCAUUCCAAAAUCAUGAGCAUUAAUAUGGGGUUGGUCUACCCUUUGCUGCUAUAACAGCCUCCACUCUUCUGGGAAGGCUUUCCACCAGAUGUUGGAACAUUGCUGCAGGGACUUGCUUCCAUUCAGCCACAAGAGCAUUAGUGAGGUCGGGCACGGAUGUUUGACGAUUAGGCCCGGCUCACAGUCUGCGUUCCAACUCAUCCCAAAGGUGUUCGAUGGGGUUGAGGUCAGGGCUCUGUGCAGGCCAGUCAAGUUCUUCCACACCAAUCUCGACAAAACAUUUUUGUAUGGACCUCGCUUUCUGCACAGGGGCAUUCUCAUGCUAAAACAGGAAAGGGCCUUCCAAACUGUUGCCACAAAGUUGGAGGCACAGAAUAGUCUAGAAUGUCAUUGUACGCUGUAGAGUUAAGGUUUCCUGGAAACCCAUUACAUGAAGCUCCCGAUGAACAAUUUUUUUGUGCUGACGUUGCAUCCAGAGGCAGUUUGGAACUCGGUAGUGAGUGUUGCAACCGAGGACAGACUAUUUAUACGCGCUAUGCGCUUCAGCACUCUGCGGUCCCGUUCUGUGAGCUUGUGUGGCCUACCACUUUGCGGUUGAGCCGUUGUUGCUCCUAGACGUUUCCUCUUCACAAUAACAGCACUUACGGUUGACUGGGGCAGCUCUAGCAGGGCAGAGAUCUGACAAACUGACUUGUUGGAAAGGUGGCAUCCUAUGACAGUGCCACGUUGAAAGUCACUGAGUUCUUCAGUAAGGCCAUUCUACUGCUAAUGUUUGUCUAUGGAGAUUGCAUGGCUGUGUGCUCGAUUUUAUACACCUGUCCGCAACGGGUGUGGCUGAAAUAGCCGAAUCCACUAAUUUGAAGGGGUGUCCACAUACCUUUGUAUAUAUAGUGUAUAUCCGUGCAAGAUGUAACCCAUGAAGUACCAAGCACACCUACUUUCAAGACAACAUUUUCCUAUUUCUGGUAGUUUAUAAUAUGUUAUCAUGCAACUUUCCUACGCUCUCUGGGCCGAAUCCUGCGUGUGUGUGUAUGUGUGUGCACGUGUAUCUGUGUGUGUGUUCCCCAUGUAGGCAGCAGCUGGAGGAGAUGGCGUGUGUAUUUGGAUCCGGUUCAUUGAGACAGUUUGCUGAGGAGGUUCUGAGGAGUACCUCUGCCCAGAGACUGGCUCAGCUACGACAGUACUACAUUGACCAGGGCCCUGAGCUGGCUUCCAUCAUCAGGGAGAACUUCGCAGAACCACACACAGCCCAGCCCAAAGUUGACAGGACAGCCUCAAAGCCUUCCUCCUCCUCUACAGCCAAACACAGACCCAGCUCCAAAAGGAACCAGAGAGCUGCUCUAGAACCCCAAGCAGAGCCUAGAACCCCACAUAGGUCCGUUGCAGAACCCCAGAGGGAUGUUCCCUCUCCUGAGGAGCAGGAGAAGCAGGGGGUCCGGAACGCCAGAGGAAGGAAGAAGAAGAGUGGUAAUAGUGGAACGUCCAGAGCUGCUCAGUGCUCCAGCUCAGACCUGGACAACAGUAAGAGUAGUCUUCUGGGACCUGGGGCCUCUGGAGCUCAACCUGUUUCCUCCUCCUCUUCUUCAGCUCUCAGCCAUCCCCAGGCUAAGCCCACAGCCAGCCCCCAGGGAGGGAGAAGCGGCCUGCUGUCCUCCUCCAGGAAGAGUGAGGCUGUGGGGAGGCAGCGGUACAGAGCCCAGCCUUCCUCUCCUCCUCCGUCGCCCCCCAGCCAGCAGGUCCUCCUCACAGAGCUGCUAGGAGACACCUCCAUCCUGGACGACCUGCUGCGACCCAGAAGCAAGGCCCCCUCAGAGCCUCAGAGGGGCUCUACAAAAACCCCUACCUCACGGGCUGUCUUUACACCCACUUCUCACUCUGCCACACCUGCCUCCUGCCACCCUAGAACACCUCCCAGCACACCCCGCCCUCGGCCCCUCACAACACCCGUCCCAGGCCCUUCUUCUACUACUACAACCCUGUCUCGAUCCAUCACCACACCCAUCACACACCCCAUUACACCACUUUCCUCUCUAGCCCCCGAGAGGUCAAAGAAGAGCCGUAGAGACUUCUGGGACAUUCUGGAGGAGGGCAACGAGGAGAGGAUCAACAAACUGACGGACCUGUCGGAGGUUGAGAGGGUAUGUGAGAGCACUAGCGUCAGGGCCAGAGGAGGAACAGGGGGAGGAGGAGGAGGAGAGGAGAGAGGGAAUAUGUCACUCUGGAAGAGGAAUGAUAAGUUCCUGUGGAAGAAA